AUGCUUGCUGAAGAAAAUAAAAACACUGGAACAUCCGCCUUAGAAGUGCUUCGAAGGGCAACCAUCAAAAGGAGCCGAACAGAGGCCAUGACCCGAGACUCCAGCGAUGAGCACUGCGUUGAUAUCUCUUCUGUGGGCACACCUCUUGCCCGAGCCAGUAUCAAAAGCUCAAAGGUAGACGGGGCCUCCUAUUUCCGGCACAAGGAAAGACUUCUACGCAUCUCCGUUCGUCACAUGGUUAAGUCCCAGGUGUUUUACUGGGUUGUGCUGAGCGUUGUGGCACUCAAUACCGCCUGCGUGGCCAUCGUCCAUCACAACCAGCCCCAGUGGCUCACCCACCUCCUCUACUAUGCAGAAUUUCUGUUUCUGGGACUCUUCCUCCUAGAGAUGUCCCUGAAGAUGUAUGGCAUGGGGCCGCGCCUUUACUUUCACUCUUCAUUCAACUGCUUUGAUUUUGGGGUCACAGUGGGCAGUAUCUUUGAAGUGGUCUGGGCAAUCUUCAGACCUGGCACAUCUUUUGGAAUCAGUGUCUUGAGAGCUCUUCGGCUUCUAAGAAUAUUUAAAGUAACCAAGUAUUGGGCGUCCCUGCGGAAUUUGGUGGUCUCCUUGAUGAGCUCCAUGAAGUCUAUCAUCAGUUUACUCUUCCUCCUCUUCCUCUUCAUUGUUGUCUUUGCUCUCCUAGGAAUGCAGCUGUUUGGAGGCAGGUUUAACUUUAAUGACGGGACUCCUUCAGCAAAUUUUGAUACCUUCCCGGCAGCCAUUAUGACUGUAUUUCAGAUCCUGACAGGCGAGGACUGGAACGAGGUGAUGUACAAUGGGAUCCGCUCUCAGGGGGGCGUCAGCUCAGGCAUGUGGUCAGCCAUCUACUUCAUCGUGCUCACCUUGUUUGGGAACUACACCCUGCUGAAUGUGUUCUUGGCCAUUGCUGUGGACAAUUUGGCCAAUGCCCAGGAGCUGACCAAGGAUGAACAAGAGGAAGAAGAGGCCUUCAACCAGAAACACGCACUGCAGAAGGCCAAGGAGGUCAGCCCGAUGUCCGCACCCAACAUGCCUUCUAUCGAGCGGGAGCGGAGGCGCCGACACCACAUGUCGGUGUGGGAGCAGCGCACCAGCCAGCUGAGGAGGCACAUGCAGAUGUCCAGCCAGGAGGCCCUCAAUAAGGAGGAGGCCCCGCCGAUGAAUCCCCUGAACCCCCUCAACCCACUGAGCCCUCUCAACCCGCUCAACGCUCACCCCAGCCUUUACCGGAGACCCAGGGCCAUCGAGGGCCUGGCCCUAGGCUUGGGCCUGGAAAAGUGCGAGGAGGAGCGCAUCAGCCGUGGGGGGUCCCUCAAGGGGGACGGAGGGGACCUGUCUAGCACCCUGGACAACCAGAGGAGCCCCUUGUCCCUGGGCAGACGGGAGCCUCCGUGGCUGUCCAGGCCUUGUCACGGGAACUGUGACCCAACCCAGCAGGAGGCCGGGGGAGGAGAGGCCACCGUAACCUUCGAGGACAGGGCCAGGCACAGGCAGAGUCAGCGGCGCAGCCGGCAUCGCCGUGUCCGGACGGAAGGCAAGGAGUCUGCCUCGGCUUCCCGGAGCAGGUCUGUCAGCCAGGAGCGGAGUCUGGAUGAAGCUGGGCCUGCUGAUGCGGAGAAGGACCACGAGCCCAGGGGUAGCCACGGGGGCAAGGAGCCAACCAUCCAGGAAGAGCGAGCUCAGGAUUUGAGGAGGACUAACAGCCUGAUGGUGGCCAGAGGAUGUGGGCUGGCAGGAGCCCUUGAGGAGGCUGACACACACCCAGGGCUGCCGCACUCCGAGCUGGAUGCAAGGAAGGGCACAGCACUCACAGAGGAGCCAGAAGGCAGCAGCGAGCAAGCCCUGCUGGGGGACGUGCAACUGGACAUGGGCCGGGCCGUCAGCCAGAGCGAGCCUGACCUCUCCUGCAUCACAGCUGGCAAGGACAAGGCCACCACCGAGAGCACCAGUGUCGCUGUCUCCAUCCCUGACGUGGGCCCCUUGGUGGACUCGACAGUGGUGCAUAUUAGCAAUAAGACUGAUGGAGAAGCCAGUCCCCUGAAGGAGGCAGAGAUCAAAGAGGAUGAGGAGGAAGUAGAGAAGAAGAAGCAGAAGAAGGAGAAGCGUGAGACAGGCAAAGCCAUGGUGCCCCACAGCUCUAUGUUCAUCUUCAGCACCACCAACCCGAUCCGCAGGGCCUGCCACUACAUUGUGAACCUGCGCUACUUUGAGAUGUGCAUCCUCCUGGUGAUUGCAGCCAGCAGCAUCGCCCUGGCGGCAGAGGACCCUGUCCUGACCAACUCGGAGCGCAACAGGGUCCUGAGGUAUUUUGACUACGUUUUCACUGGCGUGUUCACCUUUGAGAUGGUCAUAAAGAUGAUCGACCAGGGCUUGAUCCUGCAGGACGGGUCCUACUUCCGAGACCUGUGGAACAUCCUGGACUUUGUGGUGGUGGUUGGUGCAUUGGUGGCCUUUGCUCUGGCGAAUGCCUUGGGAACCAACAAGGGGCGAGACAUCAAGACCAUCAAGUCCCUACGGGUGCUCCGAGUCCUGAGGCCAUUGAAAACCAUCAAGCGCCUGCCCAAGCUCAAGGCUGUCUUUGACUGUGUGGUGACUUCCUUGAAGAAUGUCUUCAACAUACUUAUUGUCUACAAGCUCUUCAUGUUCAUCUUUGCUGUCAUCGCAGUUCAACUCUUCAAGGGAAAAUUCUUUUAUUGCACAGACAGUUCGAAGGACACAGAGAAGGAGUGCAUAGGCAACUAUGUAGAUCAUGAGAAAAACAAGAUGGAGGUGAAGGGCCGGGAAUGGAAGCGCCAUGAAUUCCACUAUGACAACAUCAUCUGGGCCUUGUUGACCCUCUUCACAGUCUCUACAGGGGAAGGCUGGCCUCAAGUUCUGCAACAUUCCGUAGACGUAACAGAGGAAGACCGAGGCCCAAGCCGCAGCAACCGCAUGGAGAUGUCCAUCUUUUACGUGGUCUACUUUGUGGUCUUCCCUUUCUUCUUUGUCAAUAUCUUUGUGGCUCUCAUCAUCAUCACUUUCCAGGAGCAAGGGGACAAGAUGAUGGAGGAGUGCAGUCUGGAGAAGAAUGAGAGGGCAUGCAUCGACUUCGCCAUCAGCGCCAAACCUCUCACCCGCUACAUGCCACAGAACAGGCACACGUUCCAGUACCGUGUGUGGCACUUUGUGGUGUCCCCGUCCUUCGAGUACACCAUCAUGGCCAUGAUCGCCUUGAACACCGUCGUGCUGAUGAUGAAGUAUUACUCUGCUCCCUGCACCUACGAGCUGGCCCUAAAGUACCUGAAUAUCGCCUUCACCAUGGUGUUUUCCCUGGAGUGUGUCCUAAAGGUCAUCGCUUUUGGCUUCUUGAACUAUUUCCGAGACACCUGGAACAUCUUUGACUUCAUCACUGUGAUUGGCAGUAUCACAGAAAUUAUCCUGACAGACAGCAAGCUGGUGAACACCAGCGGCUUCAAUAUGAGCUUCCUGAAGCUCUUCCGAGCUGCCCGCCUCAUAAAGCUUCUGCGUCAGGGCUACACUAUCCGUAUUUUACUUUGGACCUUCGUGCAGUCCUUUAAGGCCCUCCCCUACGUCUGCCUUUUGAUUGCCAUGCUUUUCUUCAUUUAUGCCAUCAUCGGGAUGCAGGUAUUUGGAAAUAUAAAAUUAGAUGAGGAAAGUCACAUCAACCGGCACAACAACUUCCGGAGUUUCUUUGGGUCCCUGAUGCUUCUCUUCAGGAGUGCCACAGGUGAGGCCUGGCAGGAGAUCAUGCUGUCGUGCCUUGGGGAGAAAGGCUGUGAGCCCGACACCACUGCGCCGUCAGGACAGAGUGAGAAUGAGCGCUGCGGCACCGACCUGGCCUACGUUUACUUUGUGUCCUUCAUCUUCUUCUGCUCCUUCUUGAUGCUCAACCUGUUCGUGGCCGUCAUCAUGGACAACUUUGAGUACCUGACGCGGGACUCCUCCAUCCUGGGCCCUCACCACUUGGAUGAGUUUGUCCGCGUCUGGGCAGAGUACGACAGAGCCGCAUGUGGCCGCAUCCAUUACACUGAGAUGUAUGAAAUGCUGACUCUCAUGUCACCUCCGCUAGGCCUCGGCAAGAGAUGUCCCUCCAAAGUGGCAUAUAAGAGGUUGGUCUUGAUGAAUAUGCCGGUAGCUGAGGACAUGACAGUCCACUUCACCUCCACACUUAUGGCUCUAAUCCGUACAGCGCUGGACAUUAAAAUUGCCAAAGGCGGUGCAGACAGGCAGCAGUUAGACUCAGAGCUGCAGAAGGAGACCCUGGCCAUCUGGCCUCACCUGUCCCAGAAGAUGUUGGAUCUGCUUGUACCCAUGCCCAAAGCCUCUGACCUGACUGUGGGCAAAAUCUAUGCAGCAAUGAUGAUCAUGGACUACUACAAACAAAGUAAGGUGAAGAAGCAGAGGCAGCAGCUGGAGGAACAGAAAAAUGCACCCAUGUUCCAGCGCAUGGAGCCUUCAUCUCUGCCUCAGGAGAUCAUUGCUAAUGCCAAAGCACUGCCUUAUCUCCAGCAGGACUCCGUUUCAGGCCUGAGUGGCCGGAGUGGAUACCCUUCGAUGAGUCCACUCUCCCCUCAGGAAAUUUUCCAGUUGGCUUGCAUGGACCCAACCGAUGAUGGACAGUUCCAGGAGCAGCAGUCUCUGGAGCCAGAGGUUAGUGAAUUAAAAAGCGUGCAGCCCUCUAACCAUGGCAUCUACCUUCCUCCGGACACCCAGGAGCAUGCGGGAUCUGGGAGGGCAUCCUCUAUGCCACGUCUGACUGUGGAUCCCCAGGUGAUGACAGACCCAAGCUCCAUGAGGCGUUCAUUUUCCACCAUUCGGGAUAAGCGUUCAAACUCCUCAUGGCUAGAGGAGUUCUCCAUGGAACGGAGCAGUGAAAACACCUAUAAGUCGCGCCGCCGGAGUUACCACUCCUCCCUGCGGCUGUCAGCCCAUCGCCUGAACUCUGACUCAGGCCAUAAGUCCGAUGCCCACCGUUCAGGGGGCAGGGAGCGGGGACGAUCAAAAGAGCGAAAACAUCUCCUCUCUCCUGACGUCUCACGCUGCAAUUCAGAGGAGCGAGGGACCCAGGCUGACUGGGAGUCCCCAGAGCGCCAGCAGUCCAGGUCACCCAGCGAGGGCAGAUCACAGACCCCAAACAGACAGGGCACAGGCUCCCUGAGUGAGAGCUCCAUCCCCUCCAUCUCUGACACCAGCACCCCAAGACGCAGUCGUCGGCAGCUCCCCCCUGUCCCACCAAAGCCUCGGCCCCUCCUUUCCUACAGCUCCCUGAUGCGACACGCUGGCAGCAUCUCUCCACCCGCUGAUGGAAGUGAGGGGGGCUCCCCCCUGACCUCCCAAGUCCUGGAAAGCCACAGCGCUUGCCUGACCGAGUCUUCCAACUCCCCACACCCCCAGCAGGGCCAGCAGCCUUCCCCACAGCGCUACAUCUCCGAGCCCUACCUGGCCCUGCAUGAAGACUCCCACGCCUCGGACUGUGGCGAGGAGGAGACGCUCACCUUUGAAGCAGCCGUGGCUACCAGCCUGGGCCGCUCCAACACCAUCGGCUCGGCCCCACCCCUGCGGCACAGCUGGCAGAUGCCCAACGGGCACUAUCGGCGGCGGAGGCGUGGGGGGCCUGGGCCAGGCAUGAUGUGUGGGGCUGUCAGCGACCUCCUAAGUGACACGGAAGAAGAUGACAAAUGCUAGAGGCUGCUCCCCCCUCCGAUGCAUGCUCUCUCACACGGAGAAAACCAAGACCGAAUUGGGAAGCCGGUGCGGCCCGGGGGGGAGGAAAAGGGGGAAGGAAGGCGGAGGACACCGUGUGUCACUGGAGACUCGGAAGUGAAAGACAAUCAGAAAACCAGUCAGACCACCAAACUGCUUCAUUCCCCUUUGCAAGAUGGGCACUGCCAUAGUUCUGCCUCUUUGCUGGGGAAAGAAAACACAGGAGCGUGGGUGUUAUUCCCAAGGUAGAAGGGACACGAGGACAGCUCUGCUAGCCCUUGCCCCUUCCCAUUUUUCUAAAUGCUAUGGAGGGACCUAGCCGGCCUGUGUCUACGCUCAUUGCCCUGAGAAGCCUGGAAGACUUUCUGGCUCUUACCUGGGGAGUAGUGGAGACCACAGGAGAGGAAUCUCCUCCCUCACCAGCUCUCAUGCCUCAGCCAGCACCACUGCCACCCGGGCAACUGCAGCAGCAUGCGUUAUCCUGUGGCUUACUUUCCCCAAAGAGGUGCAGGCUAAGCCACGAGCAUUGGAUGCCAAGGGGAGGGAGGGGCAGGCUGAAGUGGAAGGGGUCAGGGCGCUGUGGCCACAGCAGAAAGGGCUGGUCUAGGUGAGAAAAGCCAUAGCCCAGCGGCCCCCACCGUGAGGGAGAGGGUCCAAGCAAAAGAAGCGAUGGUGCUGGGGUGGGGGACAGCCCCCUUUCCUUGAGGCCUGUCGCCUGCACAGUAGGUGCUGUGUCACUUAGGGUAGGUAAGGAGAUCUUCCAGGGUCCACUGGGUGCCUGAGGCUGUGGUAAGGGUGAUAGUAAAAGUCCUCAACAGCCCUUAUGGCCAAGGCACCAACCUUGUGGAGCUCAGCCACAGUGCUGGUGCCCAUGCUGUCCCAGGCAUUGGCCCAUUAGUCGUGGGGAAACCCUCAGAGGGUGGAGGCAGGAGACACCUCAGGAACUCAAGGCAGAGUCUGCUUUCCAGCCAGUAUAGAAGCAAUUCAGUAUGCGAACAGUGCUAUAGCCGUACCAGCACAUCCUGGCUGAAGUCAGCCCACACUCUGGUCCGGGAGGCAGUGGGCCUCUCUGCCAAGCCCAGCGAGGCUACAUGCCAGAGGCCCAGCCUUCCCUGCCACUCACCUGAGAGGGCAGGACACACAUAUCCAAGUGGGCCACCCCUCAUCGGGCAGGAGCUUCCUUAAGGAUGGGAAAGGCUGAUAGACAGAAAACAAGAGAAGCUUCAGUGAAAGACUCUGAACUUCCUGAGGACCUCUCAGGAGGAGGGACCAUUGGGUCUGCAGCUUCUGCAGCGGAUUUGGGGAUGAGGGUCAGUUUGUCAGGAUGCAGUAAGGUGAUUAGUAAAUAUACCUCAGCUUAGACCUGGGCUGCUGCUCCUUCUAGCAAAGCAGGCUCCAGUGGGGCCCAAGUCACCCCUGAAUAUUUUUCUGGGCCAGGACUGGGUUUCGCCCCUGCCCAGAGUAAGAGCUGGGCAGUAGACAGCCUCAGGCUACCAUGUCAUUCCUAACCAUCCCAGUGCGGAAACACUGAGAAAGAGCACCCUUUCCUGGCUAGCCACUGAUCCUUUGGUAUAGGGUUCCAUCUGAGGGAACACAUAACUGGCUUUAUCUGGUGGAAAUGCACCCUCUGCUUAAGUUCCUCCCCAGUACCGCCACAGCAGGUGGGCAGCUGCCCUACAGAGGGUGCCAGGCAGGGCCCUCCUUUCCCCACCAGGAGCAGAUGGAACCUGCCACCCAGGAGUCUCCGCAGGGGGACACUGAGGCCCCUGCACUGAGGGCUCAGUGGGCAAACACUGUUUAUCCUCCUGCCCAGACAGGCUCUACCCCUUAGGGAGGAGCAGUCUGUGGCUGUUAUUUUUCUUAGAAGGAGCCUGUUCUUUUUUUUUUCUUAUUGAAAGUAUUUCCUUUUUUUGUUUGUUUG